GGAGGACGGUGACACCUCGCUGGCAGUGUCUGGAGGACGGUGACACCUUGCUGGCAGUGUCUGGAGGACGGUGACACCUCGCUGGCAGUGUCUGGAGGACGGUGACACCUCGCUGGCAGUGUCUGGAGGACGGUGACACCUUGCUGGCAGUGUCUGGAGGACGGUGACACCUUGCUGGCAGUGUCUGGAGGACGGUGACACCUUGCUGGCAGUGUCUGGAGGACGGUGACACCUUGCUGGCAGUGUCUGGAGGACGGUGACACCUUGCUGGCAGUGUCUGGAGGACGGUGACACCUUGCUGGCAGUGUCUGGAGGACGGUGACACCUUGCUGGCAGUGUCUGGAGGACGGUGACACCUUGCUGGCAGUGUCGGGAGGACGGUGACACCUUGCUGGCAGUGUCGGGAGGACGGUGACACCUUGCUGGCAGUGUCGGGUGGACGGUGAAACCUUGCUGCUGCUGCUGGCAAGUGUCGGGUGGAUGGUGAAACCUUGCUGCUGGCAAUGUUGGGUGGACAGUGACACCUUGCUGCUGGUAGGUGUCGGGUGGACAGUGACACCUUGCUGCUGGUAGGUGUCGGGUGGACAGUGACACCUUGCUGCUGGUAGGUGUCGGGUGGACAGUGACACCUUGCUGCUGGUAGGUGUCGGGUGGACAGUGACACCUUGCUGCUGGUAGGUGUCGGGUGGACAGAGAAAUUUUGCUGCUGCUGUCAGUGUCUGCAGGCAGAGACAGUGUCACUUACCUGCAGCAAUGUUCAUCACCGACCUUCGCAAGCAGUUCUACAACCUCAUUACUGGCAAGCGUAUCCUGCUCUUGGUUCACUUUGACGUCGAUGGUAUCUGCGCAAGUAAAAUUCUACAGUCGCUGUUCCGCACAGAUCACAUAUUGUACACAGUUGUCCCAAUACAAACUCGGACAGAUCUCAUUAAUGCCUUUCAGCAGCAUGCAGAACAGGUGAAACACAUAGUUCUAAUCAACUGUGGUGGUUGUAUUGAUCUAGUUGACCUACUGCAGCCUUCAGAUGAUCUCGUAUUCUUUGUGGCUGAUAACCACAGGCCUCUCGAUAUUUGCAAUAUUUAUAAUGCAGAACAGAUUCGGAUCAUGACCAAGCUUGGUGAUGAAGAGGAAGUCCCAGCUUUUGAUGAUGUGUUUCGGGAGGAUGAAAGUGAAGAAGAAAGUGAUGAAGAAGGAGGGAAGCGACCACGCUUUGAUGAAGAGGCUCUUGAAAAACGAAGGGAAAGACGACACUGGGAGCAGCAGCGUCACAAAAUUAUUUUUGAUUACACACAAUUUUCAUAUUAUGGAAGCUCAACUGCAACUUUGAUGUUUGACUUGGCAUGGAAGCUGUCUAAAGACUCUAAUGAAUUAUUAUGGUGGGCAAUUGUUGGUGAAACAGAACAAUUGAUCUCAGAGCAAACAGAGCCUGACAAAUACUUGUUGGUAACAGCCACUUUGCAGAACCAUGUAUCUCGUCUUAACCACAAAGCACAAGAUGAACAACCGCUGGAUUGCCUCAGGAUCACCUUCGAAAAAGAGUAUCCUUUUUCAACAGUUUUUACUUUCUAUCUAAUGUUUAGGAAAAGUUUGACAUUUGGUUUGUUGAAAGGUACCCCAGAUGCUAGAUUUUUUGCAGCUCCACAUUGUCUAUCCCUCCUGGCUCGCUUCACUUUGAAGGCACAUGUUGCAGUUUCACGAAGUAAAAAAUCACGUUCACUACCCCUCAUCAUCACCACUCCAGAUGUUAGAUCAUCUGAGUCAAACAUAUGUCUUGUUUGUGGUAUCCCUCCAACUUCAGAAGAAUCUCCAAGAAAUUUCUUUGGGAAAGCUUUUGAACAAGCAGCUGACAAGACAGGUUCAAAGGCAGAAUUAGAAUUCUUUGAUACAAAUAUUAUCCGGCUGAGUGUGGAUGACCGCAGCAAGUUCUUCGAUGCCCUUAUAUCGCUGCUCAGCUAGAUGUCACGAUCUACUACUAUUAUACCACCAGUAUUCCUAUAUAAGAAUAAUUUUUAUGACUAAAGAUUUAUUUGAUGUGAUGGUGAUGUAAAUGGGUACUAAUAAAAUUAGUGUAUAUAUAUGAUUUAAGUGGAUGAAUUAUGGCAAAAUUAUUUAUUUGUACAAUCCAUUUGUAAACGUUGUCAUAGAAAUGUUGAGAGGAUCACCUGAAGAAUAUACACCAGGAAAAACUCGCAUAUCACCAACCAAACUUAAAUACAGCAAAUUUAUUUUGUAUAUAAAAAUUAGCAAGGUAAAAUUUGUAUAAAAGAAUUUUUCCCCGUGAGUUAAGUAUUCAAGUGAUCCUGAUGAGGCUACUAUGAUGUUGUACUGUACAUGUAUAUUGACUAUAAAAAAAUAAGAGUACUAAGAAUUUGUUAAUAAAAACUAAAUAUUAUUCCACUAUACAUAAUAAAAAUAAAAUGCCAAGUAUUUUUCUUCUUCUUUCUUUCAACACACCGGCCAUAUCCCACUGAGGUGGGGUGGCUCAAAAGGAAUAACGAAAGUUUCUCCGUUUUAAAUUUAAUAUAUACAGGAGAAGGAGUUACUAGCCCCUUGCUCCCGGCAUUUUAGUUGCCUCUUAUGACACACACAGCUUACGGAGGAAGAAUUCUGUUCCACUUCCCCAUGGAGGUAAGAGGAAAUAAACAGGAACAAGAACUAGUAAGAAAAAUAAAAGAAAACCCAGAGGGGUGUGUAUAUACAUAUGUACAGUGGACCCCCGCAUACCGUUGGCAUCACAUAACGAUUAAUCCGCAUACCGCUUGCUUAAAUCGCAAAAAUUUUGCCUCGCAUACCGCUCAAAAACCCGCUCACCGCUGUUCGUCCGAGACGCGUCCAAUGUGCGCCCUCAGCCAGCCUCUCAUGUGCCGCCCGUGCCAUUGUUUACCAGCCAGCCUCCGUGGUAACAUCCAAGCAUACAAUCGUAACAUUUCGUAUUAUUACAGUGUUUUUGGUGAUUUUAUCUGGAAAAUAAGUGACCAUGGGCCCCAAGAAAGCUUCUAGUGCCAACCCUACAGCAAUAAGGGUGAGAAUUACAAUAGAGAUGAAGAAAAAGAUCAUUGAUCAGUAUGAAAGUGGAGUGCAUGUCUCCGAGCUGGCCAGGUUGUAUAAUAAACCCCAAUCAACCAUCGCUACUAUUGGUGGUACAGCUGCUGCUGCUGCUGCACUGUCAGCUGCUGCUGCUGCUGUAGCAUCGUCUGCUGCUGCUGUAGCAUCGUCUGCUGCUGCUGUAGCACCGUCAGCUGCUGCUGCUGCUGUAGCAUCGUCUGCUGCUGCUGUAGCACUGUUGUUGGUGUGGCUUAUUGAGAAUAUACCAAGAAAUAAUUAACCCCAGAGGAUUUGCCACCCAGGAUAACCCAAAAAAGUCAGUGUCAUCGAAGACUGUCUAACUUAUUUCCAUUGGGGUCCUUAAUCUUGUCUCCCAGGAUGCAACCCACACCAGUCGACUAACACCCAGGUGAACAGGAAAAAAUGCCUGGAACUAGUGCUCAUAUUGGUGAAUUUAAAGCCAGCAAAGGUUGGUUUGAGAUAUUUAAGAAUCGUAGUGACAUACACAGUGUGAUAAGGCAUGUUCUGGAAGAAAAUACCAAACAGGACCUACAGUACUCAGGAGGAAAAGGCACUCCCAGGACACAGUGUCUCAUGUCAUUGCUGCAUCUUCAAUAAAGGUAAGUGUCAUUUAUUCUUCAUUUAGUAGACUAGUACAUGCACAAUAUAUACUGUGCAUGUACUACUCUACUAUUGUGCAUGUAUCCUUCUCUUUGUGUGUAGGAAAAUGUAUAUUUCAUGUGGUAAAAAAAUUUUUUUCAUACUUUUGGGUGUCUUGCACGGAUUAAUUUGAUUUCCAUUAUUUCUUAUGGGGAAAAUUCAUUCGCAUACCGAUUAUUUCGCAUACCAAUGAGCCCUCUUGCACGGAUUAAAAUCGGUAUGCGGGGGUCCACUGUACAAGCAUAUACAUGUGUAGUGUGACCAAAGUGUAAGUAUAAGUAGCAAGACGUACCUGAAACCUUGCAUGUUUGAGAGAAAAAAUUGGACACCAGCAAUCCUAUCAUCAUGUAAAACAAUUACAGGCUUUAGUUUCACUUGGCAGGAUGGUAGUACCUCCCUGGGUGGUUACUGUCUACCAACCUACUACCUAAAAGUAUUUUUUUAUCAAUGCCAAAUAUUUAAUACUAAAUUUUGAUAAUUUUUUUAACACGUCGGCUAUCUCUUCACUCCUAUAUUGUCUUGCCAGAGGUGCACUUACACUAGUUAUAGAACUGCAACACUAACACCCCUCCUUCAUAGGGGUGUUAAUAUUGCAAUUUUAUAACUUUCAGAUGAGGAAAUAUUUAGUUCCAGUAUUAUAUUUUUGAAGUGCCAACCCUGUACAAGUUAUUGAGAGCAGAAAUUAGUGCUUUAUUAAUUUUUGAGGGGAGUGCCUUUAUGCUGGUGAAACUCUUGAUCCAAGGAAUGAGUUACCCUCAAAUAAAACCUGGUUACUUCUCAUUUCCCAGGCACUAAUAUUCCUGUGGGCUUAGUGCUUCCAAUGAUUAGUAUUGUAUUAUGACCUAUACAGGUUUAGCACUUUAUGAUGACAGUACUGGAUUAAUGUUUAUGGGAAGUGCUAAAUCCAUAAUAGAUUAUUACAUACAUCUAUGAACUGUGAUUGGCACCUUUUAAUAUACUACCAAUUACAUGCACAGUAUGUUAAACCCUUAAGUCAUACUGCAUUUCAGGAUUAUUAAUUCAAGGUCAUUCCAAGGAAACUAAAUUUUUUUUAAAAUCUACAAAAGACACUUAUCAAUGUAUUAGUACAGUAAUAUUUCCCUUCUGGAACCUUGAAAUUUAUUUUAAUUGGGGAAGCACUAAACCUGUAUGAGUCAUGAUUUCAGAGGAAUGGGAGACAGUUGGGUAUGAUAAAAGUGCACAGGUCCAUUACUUUCGAUCAAGAGUGCCUCACCAGCAUCAAGGCACCUGUCCUGAUGGAUGGUGCCCAGUAGGCUCACAAAGGAAUGUUAAACAACAACAGAAUCAUGAUGUCUUUAAUACAAAGUUUAAAGUUACAUUUAAAUGUAUACAGUACAUCUAACUUGUUAUACCAGAGAAAAUAUUGAAGCAGCUGUAAUCCUAGGUUUCAAAAUGAAAAGCAAAGGGUAUGUAAUAUGUCUUCACCUAUUGUGAAACUAAAUGAGCCCCUACUUUCUCCAAAUGAAACAUUAAAAUAAAUGCCUACCCUAGUUGACUAUUUCUAUUUACCAGCACUAUGACCCUUGUGGGUUUAUUGCUUGGGUUUUAUAAUACGUAAUACCUCUAUUUACAGUAUUUCAUCUUAAUAUUUUCAAUGACAAUCCUUGUUAUACAUUAGAAAAAAAAAUUUUUUUUUUCCCUCGAGCACAAAAGGUAUUAUCUAUGCACUAAUUUUAAUGUGCAAAAGUAACCUAUAUACAGUAGCUGAGCUUCAUCUGUAACCAUUUAAUAAUUUUAAAUAAAACUAAACAUACUACUUAAUAAUUAUUACAUAUAUAUAUACGCAUUUUUUUCCAACUCGUCAGCGGUUUCCUACUGAGGCAGGAUUUUUUUUUUUUUUUUUUUUUUUUUACUA